AUGGCGGAUCUUCAGCGGGAAGUGUCGAGGGCGGUUCGGGAGGAGAGGGCGGCGCAGAGCCAGAGCAGUUCGCUGCGCGCCUUGCCAGCCCGCGAGGCUCCCCGUCCGGCUGCGCUCCCCCCAAACCCGCAGCCUGUUGCUGCGCCUCCCCCCCAGAUCCAGGCGCUGCCAGCUCCUUCUCCCGCUGUAUCGGCGCCUGCUCCCGGCUCUCGUCUCCAUCUGCCACCGGUUCCGCCUGUUGCGGGAGUGGAAUUUGUGGCCGCAGGUGGCGGCUCGUUGGCGGCUCCGUUCGCUCUCCCUGCUGAUGCUGAUGAGCCGCUCCAGUUCCUGGCGGAGGCACUCCAGCCUCCGCAGACCCGUGUUCCCGAGGCGACUCUCGGACAGCUACACCGCCUCGCUGACAGUCUCCACGCUCUGCUGCUGAUUCAGGUGCUGGCCCACUCGUCUCUCCCUAUGAUCCCUCCUGAGACCUUCCGUGGCCGCCAGCGUGACUCGUGCCUAGACGCGGCGGACCAGCUCGCGGUGCUGCUGGCGCCCGUGCUGGCUGCGCCCGUGGAGGGUGGCGCUGCUGCUGCGGGACAGCUUGACGAAGCCGUCCGGGGCUUGAGGCGGCACUUGCGUGCAGGAUCUGGAGCCGCGGCGAUCGGCGCAAGCACGCUUGUGGUCCGGGAGCUGACAAGGUCCUAG